UGGACAGAUCGAGGAUUUAUAAAGAAAGCAUCAGAGCGGCGGUAGCAAAAUUAGGGUUUUGAGUGAGCAGCAAAAGCAGCCAUGGUUCUCAAGACUGAGCUUUGCCGCUUCAGUGGCGCCAAGAUCUACCCCGGUAGGGGCAUCCGUUUCAUCCGCUCCGAUUCUCAGGUUUUCCUGUUCCUGAAUUCCAAGUGCAAGAGGUACUUCCACAACCGCCUCAAGCCCUCCAAGAUCACAUGGACUGCUAUGUUCAGGAAGCAGCACAAGAAGGACUCUGCUCAAGAGUCUGUGAAGAAGAAGCGCCGCUCCACCAAGAAGCCUUACUCAAGGUCCAUUGUCGGUGCCACUCUGGAGGUCAUCCAGAAGCGCAGGACCGAGAAGCCUGAGGUCCGUGACGCCGCUCGCGAGGCCGCUCUCCGUGAAAUUAAGGAGAGGAUCAAGAAGACCAAGGAUGAGAAGAAGGCAAAGAAAGCUGAGGUUACAGCCAAGGCACACAAGGGUACCAAGGGUAAUCUGCCCAAGGCUGCAGCUCCCAAGGGCCCCAAGCUUGGUGGUGGAGGUGGAAAGCGAUGAAUGUUCAUCUUCCUAUGUACACCGUUUAUUUACGCUAGUUGCAGUUUUACUUGGACAGUUGACCCUUUUCUGGUCUUGAGUUUUGUUCGUUUGUCGGCCUUGUUUGACCAGAUUAAUAUUUGCUUGUUUAUGGAUUUCCAAUUGCACUAGUAAAAGCUAUCUUUAUAUCUC